AAGGAGGAACCAAAACAAGGCUGAAAAAGUUGGCUCGCAACAGCAGACGCAUUGGGGAACAGGAAAAUGCACGGAAUUCAGCAAGGCUUGGCAUUUUUAAAUGAAUGAAUGUCAAAUCUAAGAAACGUUAGGAUAUUUAGGAUGCGAAGCACCAUCCCUGUGUUUAUGGUUUGGUAACGUAUCUAUCUAAAAAUAGACAGUAUAGGCUACUGAUUUUAAUUUUCCUAGAAUGACCAAUGACCAUGCGUUCACUAGAUGCGCUGGAAACAGUAGCCCAAUGAAUCGAAGUUCAGGUCUUAAGAAAAAAUUGUGAAAAUUGGAUGUAGUGUAACAUUAGCCUACCUUAUUAAACGUCAGUUGAGCUUUUUCUGGUGAACACGUUGGCAUUAGACAGGCCAUAGAAUGUCGUUUCCUAGAAAAUUAGAACAGUAGAAAGAAAAAUUGGAUGCAGAUAGUAGCCUAUCCCCUAACACAACAGUUUUUUUUAUUAUAAUUUUUUUAAUUUUUUUAAUUAGGUUUGGAUAAAUACAACCAGACUUGCCAUCUUUUAAAAUAUGUUCUCUUAAUUAGGCUACAGGCAAAUAGCCAACGUUUAAGUAGCUUAAUAUUAUAACAUAUUAAAUGCGUGGCUAUACAGUAGGUGUUUAUGGACGGGAUAUAAUAGUAAUGCCAGAUGAUCAUGGUGUAGUGCAGUUCAUUUUACCCAGUGGUCUCGUGCUGCCUUUACAAGCAGUUUAUUCUAGUAGGUUGUAUUAGUAGCGUCUAAUUAAUAUUGGAUUGCCUGGGCUAUUUCCCGUUUUCCUUGUAUGUGUUGGGUGUGAACCAUCUAGUUAUGUAGCAAUCUUCCGCACCGCAGUGUUGUGGAAAGGAACACAGAAUGGAAAUACAGGGACGACCAUGCUAUCGCCUGUGCCACCGUAGGGUUCUUUGCUCGGUGUAGUCGGUGGUGCGACGCAACUUUGAUGAUUUUAAUUGUUGCGGUUUUCCCUGACUGACAGUGACGUUUGCUUGGUAACUAGUCUAACGUUGGCUAGCUUUGAAAGCAGCCAGCAAAUUCCCCCAAGCUUUUCCGCAGUGAGGCGGGGAUACACUGUCCAAAAUACAGCAACCUAUUUUGUUUUCAGUCUCAGUGUCAGGUCGGGAACUGGCUACUCUGCGGUAGCUAGCCGACAUGUACUAGCUAGCUCGCUAACUUGGCUAGUUAAGUAGCCAACUUGCGUAGGUUAAUGUUAUAUAGCUAACGUUAUUUCAUUUCGGUACCCAGUCUAAUGCUAACUUGGCUAAUGCUAGCUACAUGAGUUCUGUUUUGAAUUAAGACUUUCUCCUACCAAAGUGGACUAUCCAUUGCACUGAGUACUUGUUUACUUUACGGUCAAGUGUGGCUGAAGUUUGAGCGAAAAUGUCUGAAAGUGCACCAACGAGAAGCUUGGAUGACAUCGACCUGGCAGCUUUGCGGGAUCCAGCAGGGAUCUUUGAGCUGGUGGAGGUUGUGGGAAAUGGAACCUACGGUCAGGUGUACAAGGGUCGCCAUGUGAAGACCGGUCAGCUCGCCGCCAUCAAGGUGAUGGACGUCACUGAGGAGGAGGAGGAGGAGAUCAAGGCCGAGAUCAACAUGCUGAAGAAGUACAGCCACCACCGCAACAUCGCCACCUACUACGGGGCCUUCGUCAAGAAGAGCCCCCCCGGAAACGACGACCAGCUCUGGCUGGUGAUGGAGUUCUGUGGGGCUGGCUCUGUCACCGAUCUGGUGAAGAACACCAAGGGGAGCUCUUUGAAGGAGGACUGGAUCGCCUAUAUCUGCAGAGAGAUCCUGAGAGGACUGGCUCACCUUCACGUCCACAAGGUCAUCCACAGAGACAUCAAAGGCCAGAACGUUCUGCUGACGGAAAACGCGGAGGUCAAACUGGUGGAUUUUGGAGUGAGCGCCCAGCUGGACAGGACAGUGGGGCGGAGGAACACUUUCAUCGGCACACCUUAUUGGAUGGCUCCCGAGGUCAUAGCCUGUGACGAAAACCCAGACUCUACCUAUGACUACAGGAGUGACAUCUGGUCUCUGGGGAUCACAGCCAUAGAGAUGGCAGAGGGAGCCCCACCACUGUGUGACAUGCACCCAAUGAGAGCUCUCUUCCUCAUCCCCCGAAACCCCCCUCCCAAACUUAAGUCCAAGAAAUGGUCAAAGAAGUUCAUCGACUUCAUAGAGAGUUGCCUGAUUAAGACCUACCCCAACCGGCCCUCCACAGAGCAGCUGCUGAAGCACCCCUUCAUCCGGGACCAGCCCACCGAGAGGCAGGUCCGCAUCCAGCUCAAGGACCACAUCGACCGCACCCGCAAGAAGAGAGGGGACAAGGAGGAGAUGGAGUAUGAGUACAGCGGCAGUGAUGAUGAGGAGGAGAACCGCGCGGAUGACGGAGAGCCCAGCUCCAUCCUGAACGUGCCGGGCGAGUCGACGCUGAGGCGGGACUUCCUGCGCCUGCAGCAGGAGAACAAGGAGCGGUCGGAGGCGCUGAAGAGGCAGCAGGCGCAGCUGGUCGCUCAGCGCCGCGACCCCGAGGAGCACAAGAGGCAGCUGCUCCACGACCGGCAGAAGCGCAUCGAGGAGCAGAAGGAGCAGCGGCGCCGGCUGGAGGAGCAACAGAAGAAGGAGCGCGAGAUGGUGCGACAGCAGGAGAAAGGCCCCCCCCGCAGGCUGGACGAGCUGAGGAGAGAGGAGGACAGGAGGAUGGCCGAAAGGGACCAGGAGUUCAUAAGACUUAAGUUAGAGGAGGAACAGCGACAGUUAGAAGUUCUCCAGCAGCAGCUACUUCAGGAACAGGCCCUGCUCAUGGAGUACAAGCGCAAGCAGCUGGAGGAGCAGCGGCAGUCGGAGAGGCUGCAGAGGCAGCUGCAGCAGGAGCACGCCUACCUGGUCUCCCUGCAGCAGCAGCAGCAGCAGCAGCACCAGCAGCAACAGCAGCAGCAGCAGGACAAGAAGCUGUACCACUACAGCAAGAACUCUGAGCCCAACAACAAGCCCGCCUGGGCCCGAGAGGUAGAGGAGCGCAGUAAGCUGAACAGGCAGGGCUCCCCCAAGAUCUCCGCCGCCGUCUCUGACACUGCCAUUCAGUCUCGAGCUGACUCCGUCAGCCAAUCGGGCAUAGCGCAGGCUGCCCUGACCCCGCCCAUGCAGAGGCCCGUUGAACCCCAGGGUGGCCAAGGCAAGCAGUUUCAGAUGGCCCACCUGGUCCCCCUGAAGCCGUACGCUGCCCCGGUCCCUCGCUCACAGUCCCUCUGUGACCAGCCCACUAAGACCAUGUCUGCCUUCCCCACCCAGGAUCCCUCCCCCACCCCCGCUCCCCGCUCCAUCCCCUCUAGGCAAAUCAUGCGCCGCAACUCGGACCCCCCCUUCGAGAGCUUUGCCCCCCAGCCGCGUCCGAUCGCCAGGGACGAGCGCGGGCCCUGGGUCCGCAUGCAGAUCCCCGAGCAGCCCCCCAAGGUGCCCCAGAGAACAACCUCCAUCGCUGUAGCCCUGAACAGCAACGUGGCGCCGGGCGUCAAACACCCGGCUCGGGCCAGUAACCCAGACUUAAGCCAUAAUGACCGCUGGGAGAGAGGUGAUGGGGUGGGUGUGGCAUCCAACCAGCCCCAAACCAGCUCCCUGGAGAGACAUCACAUCCUGGCAUCUUCAAAGACGGAGUCGUCCCCCAUUCUGCCCCAGGACGGGCGCCCCAAGCCAGCGGAGCCCCGCAGCUCUUCUCGGCCGGGUCGUCCCGCGAGUUAUAAGAGAGCUAUAGGAGAGGACCACAGGUCCCACGUGAAGGAGCGUCAGGACGAGCCCCCGAGACCGCCCGCCAAGGCCAUGGACUACUCCUCCUCCUCGGAGAGCGGCGAGAGCAGCGAGGAGAGCGAGGGCGGAGAGGGGCUGGAGGAGGAGGAGGAGGAGAGCCCCUCUGACCGUGUCCGUGAUGCGGACUCUGACUCGGUGAACACCAUGGUGGUCCACGAUGAAGAGGGCGAGGCUGUGUUGCCGGUGCAGGCCGGAGGCUACGGGGAUCAGACCAUGCUGGUCCAGAGGACCCCAGAGAAUCGCGGUCACAACGGCUACACGAACCUGCCGGACGUGGUGCAGCCGUCUCACUCCCCCACCGAGUCUGCGUCUCAGGACAACGCCUUCGAUUAUCAGUUGCGGGGAUUGAUCAAGACUCCGGGCAAAUCUUCCUUCACCACCUUCGUGGACCUGGGAAUGUACCAGCCACACGGGGUUCCAGAGGAGUCCAUCUCGGCGGCAGGUUUUGGCGCCAGGUUCGAGCAAAUGAGGACGGAAGGGCGCAAGGGCUCUGUGGUGAACGUGAACCCGGCCAACACCCGGCCCCACAGCGACAACCCCGAGAUCCGCAAGUACAAGAAGAGGUUCAACUCAGAGAUCCUGUGCGCUGCACUGUGGGGGGUGAACCUGCUGGUUGGCACGGAGAAUGGGCUGAAGCUGCUGGACCGCAGCGGGCAGGGGAAGGUCUACCCCCUCAUCAACUCCCGCCGGUUCCAGCAGAUGGACGUCCUGGAGGGGCUCAACCUGCUCAUCACCAUAUCAGGUAAGAAGAACAAGGUGCGGGUGUACUACCUGUCCUGGCUGAGGAACAAGAUCCUGCACAACGACCCUGAGGUGGAGAAGAAGCAGGGCUGGACUACAGUGGGAGAGAUGGAAGGGUGUGUCCACUACAAAGUGGUGAAAUACGAGAGAAUCAAGUUCUUGGUGAUCGCCCUGAAGAAUUCGGUGGAGGUGUACGCCUGGGCUCCCAAGCCUUAUCACAAGUUCAUGGCUUUCAAGUCCUUUGCUGACCUGCCCCACAAGCCCCAGCUGGUUGACCUAACGGUAGAGGAAGGUCAAAGGUUAAAGGUCAUCUAUGGGUCCAGUGCAGGGUUUCACGCUAUCGAUGUUGACUCUGGAAACAACUAUGACAUCUACAUCCCUGUGCAUAUCCAGAGCCAGGUGACGCCCCACGCCAUCGUGUUCCUGCCCAGCUCUGACGGCAUGGAGAUGCUGGUCUGCUACGAGGACGAGGGCGUCUACGUCAACACCUACGGCCGCAUCAUCAAGGACGUGGUGCUGCAGUGGGGCGAGAUGCCCACCUCCGUCGCCUACAUCUGCUCCAACCAGAUCAUGGGCUGGGGGGAGAAGGCCAUCGAGAUCCGCGCCGUGGAGACCGGCCACCUGGACGGAGUCUUCAUGCACAAGAGAGCCCAGAGACUCAAGUUCCUGUGUGAGAGAAACGACAAGGUGUUCUUUGCUUCUGUGCGUUCUGGAGGCAGCAGUCAGGUCUACUUCAUGACUUUGAACAGGAACUGCAUCAUGAACUGGUGAAGCGGAGGCUGCCUUGUCUGCCUGUCCAGCCAUCCAUACAUCUGUCCACCCAGCUCUAACCUUCAUGCGUCAAGUAGGCCCCCUUCACUUGGGUAGAGUCCAGAAGAGGUGGGGGUUUGAGUGGAUGGAAGGCAGAGAGGAGAGGGGGCUGGUUCCGGUAUUUUCCGCAGUGUGGCCGAUCAAUGCUCCAUUGCUUCUCUUGUAUAGUUUCCUUGUGUGUGACCCUGCAGUCUCAUCACCUGCCUUUAGUCAGCUGUCUUAAUGAACUCAGAGCCCCACUGACCAACCCACUAACUGAGUGACACACUGCCUGACUGAAACACCCUGGACUGACAGACGGACAGAAGCUGCUGUACGAGUGACCCCGACGGCCGCUGAACUGAUUCAUUUCCUAACUCUUAUCUGGGGAACGCAUUGUUGGUCUUGAUUUAUGUGUAUAUAUUUUUGUAACGGUUCCAAAGCUCCGAAGCCAUUGUGAGUCAUCUCUUCCUCCGCCUUACCGGAACUCCUUUUUUGGACUCGUGGGUUCCAAGUGAGGAGGGGAGGAGGGGCCUCAUUAGAAUUCCUUCUGUUCAUAAAAUACUAACAGAAACUCAGAAAGUAGCGCAGUGAAUUGUAAAUAGUUACUGAAGCAAUGAACAACAAAGGGACGUAACGGUACCACUGAUCCUUAUCUACCAGUGUCUGUCUUUAGUGAUCUUACGGGCCAGUCUGUUUGGUUGUUCUGUCAUGGGCGUUUUCUUUGGGUGAAGGGUGGUGUGGAUGUCAUAGCGAUCCGGUAAAUAUCGCACUGCCUGUCAGGUAGGAUCUGGACUUGAGUCCCUGAAAGCCUUAACCCUGAUUCUGAUUUUCAGUAAAUUAUAUAUACAUACAUAUAAGAAUGUAUGUCCCUGAAUUUGGAGUUAACUAACCUGGUAAUGUAUUGAUAUGAGAUUGAUGCACAGGCUGCUGGCUGUUGUGUGUGAAUACUAAGCUGCUGUGUGGAGGGGCAGGAAACAGUUCAGAAUUUUUAUUAUCGUUGCAUAUAAUGAGCAAGCAGAGAGGUUUUUUUAUCAAGGUUUUCCGUUUGAAGCAAUGGGAUUUGCUUACCAUUUUUAAUCCUUUUGAAAAAUCUCAUUUUUAUUUUGCUCAAAAAAUUCAUUGAGCCGUAAAUCUCUUUAGAGGAAGUGUUAUCCUCAAAACUAUCGUAUUCUGUUAUACCCCAUCUAAAGGCUUUACUUCAAGACCAGACCACAGACUUCUCUUUUUCACUUCCUGAUUGACAUCACUUCCCCCUCCUCCCCUAUCCGCUGGCUGCCUGCUUGCCACUCAUCAGCUUGCCCCACCUGCUGCAUGCUUUAUCUGAUCGUUCUACCAUAUCAUUCGGCUGUCAGUCAGUCUGCCCCUCCUUCCAGGUCAUCUGCACUCCAGACUCCCCCCUUUUUACCUGUGUCACCAGCCCGAUGGCCCCUCCCUUCUGCUGCCACCCUCCAACAACGUCUCCUCAUUACCACAGCAUUUUACUUGACCACUUUGUUACUUGAACUUGGGAGUUCUAGCUGGCCCGCGGUGUUGUGGGGAAGAGGUUCUUCAUAACUGCAGACACUGCACAGCUUUAGUGCAGUGGGCUCAGGAGGUGUAUAGGAAAGCUAUUUUCAGAAUGGUCCCACUUUUUUUCCCAGAAUAUCAUAUUCUUGUACCGUUCUGCGCGUUCGGGUAACAUAAUGUCAUAUAUGUAAGUAUGUGGCCUUUUUUGGAAGGGAGUGGGUUGGGGAGUUAAGCAGAGCAGCAGCUCAGUGGUCCACUAUGUGGAUGCUGGACAGCAUCUGUGAGAGGCCAUCUUUUUCCAGCCCUGUUUGUUAUUAGUCUCAGAGGCUUCGCUCACUAAACCAUUUUAAGGCUGGUUAUUCCACAUGUUUAUAUGAAUAUGCGUUUGAAAUAGUGAAUACAUAAUGUACAUGAUGCUUUUUUUAAAACAUUUUUUUAAAUAAACCAAAAGCCAGAAUAUCGUAUAUACCUAUACAUAGGGUGAACUCAUUAAAAUCAGGAAAGCUGUUAGAUUUUUUUUAUGUAGAGAAGAAAAUAGUAUAUUCAUAUAUACGCAAGAAAGCACUAGAAUGACAGGUGCCUAUAUGUUGUGUUUAAGCACAGAAUAGAUUGUAAAAUGAAAUUGAUUGCACUUUUUCAAUCUUUUUUUUUUUUUGGCUUGCAUAUAUACAGAACAUAGUUUGGAACAAAGGCAUUACUCAGAAACAUCUUCCAAGCAAUUAUUUGAAGUUUAUUUUGUGAUUCCACCAUAUAACUCUUGUCGGGAAUUUAUCAUUAUUUUUCUCAUUUAUAUUUUUUUCAAUAUUUUCACAAAAUUAUUGUGCCUCAUUUCAUAGUAUAAAAUAGGGUUGGGACCAAUACAUGGAUAAAUUUGUCCAUGUCAGGAUGAGUAAAAUAAAUAUUUGACAUUAGGUCUAGAGUGUGACAACUGCAUCACUGCAAGUUACUGCUGAUUAGUAUUAGUAUGUAUCUCCCUGUAGCUGGGCCCUAUGCAACUCAAGCAGUUCUCGCAGAAAUAAGUUCACUUGUUUCAGACGUGCUCAUGCCGUCAGUUUCCUUUUGUUCCCUCUUACUUUGUUCAGCCUUCAAUGCAUUACGUGAGUAAUGCGGACAACCCUGAUGUGAACAAUCCCAGUCCUGCUAAAAUGUAGCCGUGGCAAGACAAAGUAUACAAAAUUGUAUCUCCAAACCUGUAAAAAUUCAAAUGAUAAUGGAGUUCUAUUAACGUAGUAAUGGAGUUACUAAAAAGAGGUUGCUUUUCACUGUACUGCUGUUAAGGAGUAUGGCACUGUCAACCAAAAGCAAUAUACGCGAAGGUGGAGCAAGAGAUUCAUGUAAUCGCACUGUUCUACCAUAAAUUGGUAAAAUAAUAUUGUAAUUGUAGCCUAUAUGCAUGUGUGCUCACAUGCCACCUAAGCAUAUCUUUGUGUUUUCUCACUGUGCUGAUAUUGGGCUCAGCAGGGAAAUGACGUGUUCCUUCAGUGCUGUCCUGUCUGUGGAAAGCCAUUGGUGCAUUCAGGGUAAUGCCGUUUGAAGUCAGCAGAGGGAGCUCUAUAUGUUUCUGCACACCCAGAGGCCCCAAAUGAAGAGAUUGUAGUGUGUAGCAAUUGAAGGCUUUAAAGAAAAAAGGAGGUUUAAAAAAAUAUAUAUAUAAAUUGAUGGUUUUAAAAGGUUUAUAGGUUUAGUCUAAUUUGUGGACUAGUACUGAUUAAUAUAAUUUUAAAUGUAUUUUAAUGAGUAGCUAAUUUGAGAGAUUUGGAAGAUGUAUAAUGAAAUGUUUACAAGAUAUAUUACAAGAUUUAUAAUGAAAGAUGAAUAGAGAAUGUAUACAGAGAAUUCAGAAAAUGUUAGAGGAAAUGCCUGGUAAGUGUGGCAGAUAUAUUUGAUAUUUGGUUAGCAUAUAUUUUCAUUAAGGUAAUUAUAAUAUUUAAUAAAUACUGAGAUUUCUACAUUUUUAAAAUAAGAUUUAUUGUAAAUUGAAGCACAAAAUAUUUUGCAGAGAAAGAUAUAGUAUAUGUGGGUAUAUACGAUAUAACAGGGAUUUGAUUUGUCUUGCCUGUUUUUUGUGGAUAUGAACAAGAAAAUCUGAGGGUGGGUGUGUGUGUUUAUGCCUGCGUACCAUUUUUGAUCCAAGUGCAAAUUUCUACUUGUGGAGGUGGUCAGGAUGAAAUCAUUUGAGGCACCCCUCAUUGAAGAUGAGCUGACACCCACCCGUCCUACUGCAGUACCAGUCGUUCGGUUGUGAAGGUUGGGUUCAGGUGAGGUUUGCAGUCAGCCAGGGCACACUGGUGGACAGGGCGUGACAUCACACGAGUUGUCAGCCGCUGAUUAAUUAGUGGUCUUACCUGGUGUAACUUCCCUGCAGUCCUCCUGUGGUGGUGAGUGUAGGGAGAUGCUGUUUAGGAGAGCAGUCGUCUCCUUCAGGGACAAGUGGGACCCUGGGCCAGUUGUUGCUUCAGUCUGAAGUUGAAAAGAUGGUGGACCCGUUAUGUAUACACUGGCUUUGGAUUGGGGUGAAAUCCCUGUAGGUUUGGGUCCGUAUAACCUGGUGAGUCCGAAUCCUGGCACUGCAGACCUACUACACUGUUAAAGUGGUUGUUUUGUAUAUGAACGCUGCGCUAUUUCUCCACAUUGCAGUACUCAUGUUUCUGUUACUUGAGUAAGGUUCUGGUCUAUUGUGGCUGCCCACUGCAUAUACAUUUUUUUUAGCACUUUCAGUAAUGCUAAACCUACAGAGGUUUGAUACCCAGUGAUUAAAUGUGGUGUUGGAAUGCGCAGAUGGCUUUGGAGAAGAGUCUAUAUUUGUGUUAUUGGGUGUGGUCAAAAUGAAUGUAAGCCAGCCUGUCUCCAGUCUGUCACUUUGAGAGCCCCAAUCCAGUCCUGUUCUCAGCCGAAACACCACAAAAAUUAGCUGUAAGACAGAAGGUCUCAAACUUAUUACAAAUUCAAAUGCCUAUUUUGGAUCCAUGAAAUAAACGUGUUCCAAUAACCUGCCUCUGUAUGUGGAUAUUUGGUGAAAAGUAGCAUGACAAACUGGUGGCUUCUCUGAGAGCGUAGCUGGAGACUGAUGCUGGAGCAUUUGGUCUUAACCUUAACUACUGUAAUGACAACCACAAACUGAGAAACUAUUAUGCUCACAUAUUAAUACUUGAUCAUUUUGUAAAUUUUAGUCUGUAAAUGGAUUUAAAUUUUUUUCUCUUGAUUUUCUCCUUUUACUGUUCUUCAUUAACUAAGGAGUGGACAGUGGUGAAAGUUUGAAGUUGAGAGUUGGUAUCCUCUGUGAUGGGUUGAUUUUUUUCUUUUCUUUUUUUUGAACAAUCUUUUCAAACAUUUUGGUGUUUCUAAUGUUCACAUUCUGUUUUGGAGGGGGACCUUAAGAUUGUGUUUAACAGACUAAUGAGAUUUCAAGUCUUAGGAUUGUGUUGAAUGAACUCAUGAGUCUUCAUGCAAAAUACAUGUAAAAAAAUAAAUACACUGAUUUGUUGCAAAUGCAAGUUGUGAUGCCAAAAGCAUAUCUGUUGAAUUAUUUUUUUUUUCAGCAAAUAAAUACAUUUCCACUGUGUGAACAUCAAUACUAAUUUACAGUUUUCAGAUAUUUUCUGAGGAAUACUUUCAUGUCAUGGUACACUGCCAAAUACAUGCCAAUGCUUUUACUAAAGAUCGGGGAUUACAUACUGCAAAACGUAUUUUGUUACACAAAUCUAAUUUUAAAAUUAGUUAUUACUCUUGCAAAAUCUGUAUAACUGUAAAUACAGGGGCCUAGAAUCAUUAGGUCCAAUCUUACACAAAACAUAAGGCUGUCAGUCUAAUAUGGCUCUCUGUUAAAUGCAUCAUGCAAGAGCAGUUAACUAAAAAGAGUGACUUAUGAACAGGAAUAUCUGACAUUUGUUCAACACAGAAAUUCUCCAGGCUUUCCUGGAGUAAGAUGCAGUCUUCACAGCAGUCAGCAGAAAAAAAACUAGGCCUUGCUGGUCUUGGAAUGGCAAUGAAUGAAAUGGGAAGUAUCACAUGGAGUAAACGUACCAUAUAUGUAAAACCAUUGUUUACAGCUGAAUAUUGUUACACAAGCAAGUGGUAUGUUUGCCUUUGUCUAUAAAUUGGUGCAUAACCCUGAUCUACAGCUCUAAGUAAUCAAAUUUUCGUAGGUUGACAUACAAGAUGCAUUUUUUAUGGGCUAAUUGGCUCAUCUAAAAUGGGUGGAAUAGGAAUAUGAGCUUUUUAAUGAUCAGUACUGUAUAUCAAUCAGUCUCAUCCUUUUAAAAAGCCAACAAUAGAUGUUUUUUGGGAAAUAGCAUCUGCUAAUCCUAGGGAACGUUAGAAUAGAUACAACUGGUCUGUACAAUGGACAUCUAAUAAAUGCUUUUGACCAAU